CCCAGCGUGCCUCGCGGCGCUCCCGCCGCGCCCGGCUGUCGUCCUUGGUGUGGGCCGCGUGAAUGGAGCUCCGGGCAUGAAGCAGCGCCUGGCACGGCCCGCGCAGCGCCUACCUGUGUCCCGAGCGUGAGUGCGGGCAGCGGCCGUGCGCGUGCGCACUCGCCUUCGCGCGCGGGCAAGCGCCCGACCGUUGGCGCGCUAAGCGGGCGACCGUGCAAGGCGGCCCCGCGCGCCCCGCCGGCCGGUUGUUGCGGGGGUCUCCCGCCUGGCGCGGGGGGCCGCGGGCAGCCGUGGCGGCCGCCGGAGACCGCAAGGGGCGGCGCAGGGGCGGAACGGGCCGGCCGCGAGCCGCGCAGGAAGCGCCAAGCAUGCCCCGCGACAACAUGGCCUCCCUGAUCCAGCGCAUCGCUCGCCAGGCGUGCCUCACCUUCCGCGGCGGCGGCGGCUCGACGGGCUCCGAAGGGCCGGCGCCCGGCUUCCCGGAGAACCUGAGCCAGCUCAAGAGCCUGCUGACCCAGGUGCGCGCCGAGGACCUCAACAUCGCACCGCGCAAGGCGCUGCCGCAGCCGCUGCCGCGCAACCUCCCGCCGGUCACCUACAUGCACAUCUACGAGACCGAGGGCUUCAGCCUGGGCGUGUUCCUGCUCAAGAGCGGCACGUGCAUCCCGCUGCACGACCACCCGGGCAUGCACGGUAUGCUCAAGGUGCUGUACGGCACGGUCCGCAUCAGCUGCAUGGACAAGCUGGACACGGGGGCCGGGCAUCGGCGGCCGCCGCCUGAGCAGCAGUUCGAGCCUCCGCUGCAGCCCAUGGAGCGGGAGGCCGUGCGACUCGGCGUGCUGCGCUCCCGGGCCGAGUACACCGAGGCCAGUGGGCCCUGCGUGCUCACUCCACACCGGGACAACCUGCACCAGAUCGAUGCUGUGGACGGGCCAGCUGCCUUCCUGGACAUCCUGGCCCCACCCUACGACCCUGAGGACGGCCGGGACUGCCACUAUUACCGUGUGGUGGAGCCCAUCAGACCCAAGGAGGCUUCCGGCUCUGCCUGCGACCUUCCCCGAGAAGUGUGGCUCUUGGAGACCCCACAGGCCGACGACUUCUGGUGCGAGGGAGAGCCCUAUCCAGGCCCCAAGGUCCUACCUUGAAGCUUCUGCCACCGGGGAACUGUGGGCCAAAGAUGUACCCUGUCCUGCUCAAGAAAGGCCUGGCUGCCCUCUACCUACCAUAAGGGCUCUUCUCUCUCUGCCCCCUCGCCUGGACGAUGGAUUUACUGGAGUGACCAGCGCCACAUCUUGGGCAGCCUUGGGGAGCACGGCCCACUGGAGUACAGCCACCACCACCACCACCACCGGGCACGGUUAUGGGGGCGGGUGGGCGGGGAGGCUAGGCUGAUUCCUGGUAUUGUCACUGCCACCAAGGCUUUGAUUUAAGGGAACAGGGCAGGGCCCCUAAAGCGCUUCCAUCCUAAAGCCAUAACGAAAACAUUUUUGUUUCUCAUUCUCUACAAAAUACACUAAGUGGUUUUGAAUCCCUCUUCACUUCGGUGACCAAGAUUUGUUUUCCCUCCUGCCCACUCUUGCUCCUUAAUGGUUUAAUUUAUUACUGAUCGUGCAUGACCUUGAAUUUUUUAUUUCUUUUCUUUCUUUCUUUUUUAGUUAUUCCUUUGGUUCAAAAAAAAAAGCAUACACACAAACAACUGAGCAUCUAAAGUGAGGAGUUGUGAAACUCCUUCUAGCGCUGGGGUUCCCCCUCAUGACUGCGUGCUGAGGACUAUUGCUUUCCUCCACUGGCUUGGUAGCCACUUGUGGUGUACUCAGGUAGCCUUUAGUAAGAAACUCACACAUGUGAAUUCUCUGUCAGGCCCUUAGAGCUCAUCUUCCCCUUGGGUCGUUUAAACAGAUUUUUUUUUUUCUGUUGGGGAAUUUGCCUUUAAAGCAAAGACUAUAUUAUCCUCAACUGACUUUUUUCUUGAUGUACUUCAAAGAUGAUACAAUAAUUAAGUGUUUUCUAACCCAGACGAUUCAGAGGAGCUGAAUCUGCUAUGCUUCCAAAUAACUGAAUGUAAAGGCCCCGGCCACCUGUUGAAUUCCAUAUUCUUACUUCCUUCCGGCUUCUUCCAGUAGACGAGAAAGAUACUCUUGACUGUUUUCUGCCUUCAGAGGAGCUGUGGUUCCUGCUGUGCUGCUGGAGAUAGUGUCUCUGCGUUCCCUUAGACAAGAGCCAGUGCUGCCUACUACCUGCCUUUUCUCGCAGGAAGAGGUAGAAGACAUAGCGUACCCUGGGAGGGCCUCUGGAUGUAGCCUGCCUGCUAAGCACGCAAGAAGCCCUGGGCUCCACUCCUCAGUACCACAGGAACCAGUGUAGCACACAGCUGUAGCUCCAGCAUUUAGGAAGGACAGGCGGGAGGGGCAGAAGUCAAGGUCAGACUUAGCUACAGAGUGAAUUUGGGCAGAACCUUGGAUGCCUGAGACACCAUCAUAUAAAUGUGUGUGUAUACAUAUAUACAUGUGUGUGUGUGCACACAUAAUAGAUGAUUGAGAAUUUAAUCAUUUAGGGCACCAAGAUCGGGAGAAUAAACCCUAUGCCAGCUCCUGCAGCAAACGCUCGUGCCGCUGCCACAGUAUGGCUAGCUGAGCUCGGCACCCUUACCAUGUUUACAGACCUGUUGACACUAUCGAUUCUGGCCAUGGACCACCAGUUUUCCCUGUUUACUACGUAUAGGGUUCCUUUCAAUAACAGGCCUUUUCCUAAAGACAAACUGUAGAAAUCAAAUGUGCCCAACUGUCUUCUAAGCCCUCUUGAUGGCUCACGUGGCAAUAGAAUAUAAUAAUAUCGGCGAUAAAUGGAGACUUAACUACCAUGGGUAGCAUGUGUUUGUUGAGCAGGAAGGGAAGCCGCUUUUGGCUCCACAUACCCAGGUUACACAUCCAGGCUGAAGGGGUGUCUGUUCCCAGUGCAGUCGUUAAAGUGGGACGAGAUGGCAAAUCAUUGAUGGCUUGGCUUGUGACUUUUUGUUUCAUUUUAAUAAAAAUGAAAACAACAGGCCAGUGGACACCUGCUUUAAACCUGACACAGGACCCACACCAAGCACCCACUGCUGCUGCUAGAGUUGAAGUUCUUUCCAGUCAUGGUCCUUAAAAUGUCUGAGUCCUUGCGAAGCAGCUCUCUGAGCUACUGGUUUGAAAAUCUAGAUAGGAAGUGAUGGUUUUAAAUUUGACUAUUUCUUUUCAUAAUAAUGAGUAUGGUUUUCAGCCACAUACACAGUUUGAGUUGCAGCAAAGGUUGAUUCAUUUACAAAGACUGUUGAGAGUCAUGUGUUCUUUACUCCACACUCGGAGGUACUUCAAUGGAGCCUGUAGAAAUCUAGCCUGGAAUCGGGCUAGUAGUAGAAGUGAUUAUAAAGGUCUUCACUGCAAAGGAGGGGAAAUAGUAAAGGUUUGCUAUAAGCAGUUUGGAAGGAGGAAAAAAAAAACCCUAAGGUGCUUUUCAAAAGAGUAACGACAUCGUUCUGAGCUAAAACAGCAAUACUGUGUUCCUCGUUAGUUCAGUAAGAACAGUGGAACUCAUUUCAUUAAUACAUUGAGUAAAUUUACGGUGAAAACAGUAUAAUAUGUUUUAAUGAGCCACUUGAGAAAGAACAUGCUCAUUACUAAGAUACAAUGUGCAGAAAAAUCCUCGCACGUCUAUGCAUAAACUAUCAGCUGUAACUUCUGCCGUUGUGUUUCCCCAUAGACCUACAAUAUAGAUUGUGGUCUAGAAAUUGGGAUAAAAGUUACCUUCUCCUUUUCUUGAGAAAGACCAGUGAGCACAAUGGUGUCAGUCACUUAACUUUUCUGAUGAAUAAUAAAUGCAAUAACUAGCUCCUGGAUAAGAAGCUGUCUGUCUGUCUGUCUGUCAGUGACCAAUUAUAUCGAUGUAAGAUUUUCAUACCUUCCUACUCCUUUGAGAAUUGAUGGGUUUACUACCACAUGCUGCUGAUUACAUGGAAAAGCCAGCCUUUUGAGUAAUGUGUUUCCUAUGUCUAUAGGAGUGAGUUCUCUGGGUUCUUAACAUGACUCGAGUCCCACUGUUAAAAUGUAUACCUUUCCUCCCCUCUCCUUGCAUUGUCUUGUAGGUUCCUUGAACCUGAAAGCUGGGGAGAACCUGCCUGCUCCUACUUCAAAUGAGUCAACUGCUUUAAGUCUCCUACCCGGCAGAGAAACAGUUGCCCCCCACUUCAGAGCUCUGACAGCAUUUACUCCUAUACCCGCAGGCCUGAAUUCAAAGCUUAGGGUUACACAGAACCCAGAUUGGACCAUUGCACUGAGGUUUCUGCUGUCAAAGGAGAUCAUUUCCUAAUGGUACCCAGUCUUUCAAUGCAGGGGUGUUUACGCUUCUGAGUAAAAUCUGUACUUAUGGGAAAUAAAGGCAUGUUUAAAAUUA